GAAGAUGCCUUAGGCCGAAAGUAGCCGGGCGUCAAAACAGAUUCAAACAUUGACUGACUUCGCGGUCCAGUAGAAUACGUGCUGUAUCAUGCAGGAAGGCUGUGACUGAAAAACAACAUUGCGAAGAAGAAGAGAAGAAAGAAGAAAGUACUUCAACUUCAGGGAAAAGUCAUGGCGGAAAAUGCAGAACUUGUAUUUUUCGAUACGUUUUCUCAUGAAAGUUCUGAAGAAAUAAAUUUAGAUCUUGUGCAGUUUCCCAACAUAGUAUAUAUUAGUGAAGUUCGCAUCAUCCCUUUGGGAGCAAGGGUUCAAGCUGAUUUCCCUGGUGGUGUUAGACUUGGAGCCACCAACCCUUCACAAUUUGAGAUUGAGUUUUUUGUAAAUGAUUUGGAAAAAUCUGGAGCGUGCACAUUUGAAAGCUUGGGUGGUUUUGAAUACAAACAAAAUGGAAGUAUUCACCUGGAGUGCAAAAGAAAGGUGCCCACUGAUGGUCUUGUGCUCCGGGGCUGGUAUACCACUAUCACUUUGGCAGUGUAUGGAAUUCCCCGGGACGCCAUGCAAGAACAGACUCCUACAAAUGCUCAUUCCCAUUCACACCUCACACUACCUCUCGGGUCUGAAUCCCUACCUCCAGAGGCUGUUGCAGCCAGUGCAGCAACUCAGGAAUGGGUUCAACAGCAUGCCCAGGUUGCUGGAGCCGAGCGGGCUUAUAUGGUAGACUCUAAUCGGGGUGAUCCGUACAACGGUGGUUACCAAACAGAGCAACACCAAUCAAUGCCUCUUGGGCCUGUAUCGGGAGACUACACUUCAUUACCAAUCAAUCAUAACUAUCAUGACGACUGGAGCCAACAAGGAAACCAUGGUUCUCAAGCCUCCCGAUCGGGCCUCACUAGGGUGAAUGAUGGAUAUGACACAUCAAAGGAUGGUCAACGCCCUUACGACUCUGAGCCUCUUCCAUGGGAAACGACCAGUUCUCGCCCUGAAGACAAAAUGCCUUGGGACAGGAAAGAUAGAGAACGCGAACGUGACAGAGACCGCGAACGCGAUCGAGAUCGUGACAGAGGCAGAGAGCCUGAUCGUGACAGAGACCGACUGAGAGACAGAGGGCGCGGCAGAGAUGUGUACAGCAGGGAGAGGAGUCGUGACAGAAGUCGUGACAGAAGUCGUGACAGAAGUCGUGACCGAAGUCGUGACAGAAGUCGUGAUAGAAGUCGUGAUAGAAGUCGUGAAAGGAGUCAUGACAGAAGUCGGGAAAGGAGUCAUGACAGAAGUCGUGAAAGGAGUCAUGACAGAAGUCGGGAAAGGAGUCGUGAUAGAAGCCGUGACAGGUCAACAGACAGAGACUGGGAGGAACGCCGAAGAGAUGACAGGGAUAGACUCAGGGACAAAGUGAGAGAGCGCAGCAACAGUGGCUCAAGAGACUAUAAUCGAGCAGUGUCUCGUGAUCGAGAUAGAGACCGUGAUCCUGAUUGGGACAACAAGAGAAGAAGUGGAGAAUGGCCUCGAAGAGAAAGGGACCAUGACAGGGACCACAAUAGAUCUUCCAAUUCAUGGGGUGAUCACUCACCAGAUGACCAUCACCGGGCUGCUCCUUACGCAGGGCAGAGAGACAGGGACCGAGAGCGGGACAGGGGGUCUCAUGCUGCCGACUGGGCAGAGGAGAGGGAUCGCGAUGAAGCUCCCAGCAGGAAGCGCCCCAGAACGCCUCCCAUCCCUCCCCAUGUGCCACACAAGAGACCUCAUACUCCUCCUGAAGAUAAAGCACCACUGUCUCCAUCAUUGAUCCCACCACCUCCACAAUCUAAAGACAUGACUUCCCCACCUCCCUCUCAAGUUCAGUUUGGAUCAAUAUCACCGGGUGAUGUUGAAUCAAUAUCUGAAGGAGAAAUUCCUGAAGCUGAUCCUGAUGCUGAGCUGGACAGUGCUAACUUAUGUGGGUCAGAAAUGGAUUCUUCCUCAUUGCCCCCACAGAGCUCCAAGGAUUUUGAAUCUGCAGCAGAUAAAACUGCCUCCCCAGAUCUAAACCUAGACAACACAGCUGGCACCCCUAUUCAAGACGAUUUUGUUGAUGAAUUUAAAACUGGUGUCAUGAGGCCGUUGACCGUGGACCCUAUGCUAGACGACGCCCGAGAGAGGGAAGCUGCGGCCCACCUGGCGCUGCUGGCUUCCGGUGGAGACACCUCGGUUCUUGCUGCCGCGGUUGCGGCGGCUGCCGCGGCCUCCCGGCCUCCCCUUCUGGCCACGCCCAGCCCUCUGGCCUCGCCCGCGGCCUCAGUGUCCUCGACGGCCUCGGCACCCAUGUCAUCUUUGGCCUCGGCCACAGCGCCCACCUCAGUCCCCACAUCGGCCUUGGCCUUGGCCACCUCGCCAGCGUGCCACCCGUCCGCCAGUGGCGCGAGUGGCGCCAACCAGCAUGCCGCUCCUGUGCCUGCCUCCAUCUCGGCCAGCAGCCCAGCCGGCGCCGCAGUCACCCUGGGGGCCUCCACCGCCUCCACGCCCCCGGCCACUUCGCCCGGGCCGUCGGCUGCUCCAGGCACGCCCGUUGGCACGCCUCCCACCGCCACCGCCUCUCUCACUUCCUCGCCAGUCAAUGCCAUACAUCUUUCUGUAGCUGUUUCGAGUGCCGUGGAUUCACCAUUCAAUCAAGAUGAAGCAAGUCUUGAUGGAGAGCAGUUCGAACCCAUCCUCAGUGAUGAAGAUAUUGACGAUGACUGUCAGUUUCAGGACUUGGACUUUUUCCCUGAUGAAGCUGAGGAGCUUAGUAAAGCAUUUAAUCCUUUCCACUUUGAUUAUCAGCCCCUGGUGUAUUUGAAGGACCCAUGUAUAUCUUCUUCUGAAGCUCAGUUCAUUAGGAAAUGUCAGAUGCAAGAGAAAAAACAUUCAAGAGAUAACAAAACUACUUCAAAUUCUGAAAACCAGAGCUUUGUGCAAAUCCCUUUAUUGGUUGAAGAAAUGCCUGAAGAAGCUCAUAAGCUUGAGGAAGUUGUGUUACAGUUUGACGAUAUUUGUUCAAAAAAAGAAAUGAGAGAGGGUUGGGUUCAUGCAGCAGAGCAGGCUUGUAAUGUGAUUCUCCCCGGCCUCCCAUUCACUCAAAAAAGAAUAGACAUUCUUAAACGUCUUGUGUCUUGGGUUCAAGUCGGCCUUAAUUUUAACAUGGCCCUCCUGCAACCUCAACCCGGUUACAAAAUACGUCACAUCAAAGUUGGAGUUCGUUUGGUAGAGAUUCUUUGUAUGUGUAGUGGAGCUUUGGCUGAGCUCCUCAUUGUGAAUGAAAAAAUUCAUCAACGCCUUUUACAACUCUACCAUAUGGAUUGCAUGUCAUUAUCUAUAAGACUGAUGAUUCUCAGAGCAUUAGAUGCCAGUCUUUGCAAUAGGUUUGCUGUUGAACAUUUCUUGCUCCUGCAAGUGUCUGUACCCCGUGUAAAUGGUUUGAAACUGGCUGACAGGCUUAAAUUUAAGAAAGAAAAUUCAAAGAAAAGCAAAUUUGUCCAGGAAGAACCUGAAGAGCUUGAAGAGAAAGCCAAAGACACCCAGGUGAAGAAUGAAGGACAUGAACAUACAAAUACUUCAUUCAAGGAAGAAAAAAUGGAACUAAAUGAAGAGACCAACAGUAAAACUCGUAAAAAUGAAACAUUUUCUCUAGAAAAGUUACAAGGCAAUCUAAAUGAAGAAACAGUGGAAGGGACACAUUUAGAAAUGUUGAAUGAAGAAAGACAAGAUGCAGAGGGGAAGAGAAGCAAAGAGACAGUAUUAAAAGAUCAACCUGAGUGGUUACAGGAAGAAAACCCCCAGCAUUGCAAAAAUAGUUCUAAGAGAGGAAAUUUUGUCUUCAAGAAGAUUGUAGUGAAUGAUAAUGGGAAGAAGUCAGUCCGUUAUUUCAAAAGGAGGGUCUCUUUACAUGGUACUCAGAAAUAUUCAGGACUGAACGGUUAUCAAGCAUUGAUAUUAAUGUUUAAGACCGAAAAACUAUCCCGGACUAAAUUUGCUCUGUGCAAUUUAAUUCGUAAACUACAUUUUUAUGAAGUUCUUGAGAAGUUCAAAAGUACUGUCAAGUCACUGAUCAGUAUCAAUCUUGAUGCUUCUGAGAAAAAGACGAAAUUAAUAGACAAUUUAUUUAAAUCUAUUGUUGAUGUUUCCUCUGUAGAAAACUCAUCAGAGUUUGAAUUGAUGGACACUCUGGUAGCUUGUCUUUCAGAAAUAACUUCAAUUUACAACCAAGCUCCACUCAUGCUUGCUCAGCCAAAGAGGUUUUUGCCAGGCCAUGCACAGUUUGACUUGGGUGCCUGUUGUCAAGAAGUCCAGCGUCCCUAUCCUGCUUUAUUUUCAUUUCUUCACUGUCACAGUUUUUUGGAGUGUUGUAACGUUCUUCUGACUUCACCUCUGACAAUGAGUUGUAGCAUAGUUUUGAGUCCUUUAUUCAAUGUAAUCAAAGCCCUAGCAGAUUCUCAUGAGGGACUGCAAUAUUUGGCAACUCAUACAGAUUCUACCAAUGUAUUACUACGCAUUCUCUUACAACAGUCUUCUAGUGAUGAACUUCUUGACGAAUCUACAAUCUCGCCAUCGUCAUCACAAUACCUAGGAUUGUGCAUUGCUUACCGUCUUCAAGCUCUUCAUUUCAUUGACCUGAUACUGGAUGCAGUAUCUUCUGGGAACACGGAUCCUGAGAGGCACGAAGUUUUUGAGAAUUUAUUAGGCUUGUAUUAUCUUAGCUUUUCUAAUGUGGGAAAGAGUUCCCUCAUACAUGUCUUAAGUAGAGGAGAUUUUAUGAAAGUCCUGCUGAACCUUGCCACAUACAUUGCCCCUGAAGCUGAUACCAAGUAUAAAAAAUUUCCAGGGAAGAAUUUUGUAGAUGAUUUGAUAACUUGUAUUGUGAAGCUCAAUGAGAAUGGUUCAUUUCUUCAACAGUUUGGUUUACAAAUUCUGAGGAUUGCAAGAAAUUCAAAUUCCAAACUCCAUGAAGUCGUACCCUAUUUGCAAGUUGUUGAGAACACACAGCUAUUUUCCUAUGAUGAUAUAUCACAACUCUGUGAUAUUGUGAAGAGGAAUAUUGACCAAACAGCUACAUUCCCAGGGGAGCUCAUCACUACUCUACGUAUUUUGCGGCACCUUGCUGUAUCUUCUUACAGCCUAGAGAACUGUUUUGACAACAAUGCAAACUAUCAAUUUUCCUAUCUGGAACUGAAGCAUAAAUUUGUAGUUCUGGAACUAUUUUCACUUGAUGGUGUCUCGCACAUGACAGCAAUCCUAGCCAAAAUGUGUGAGGCGUACGACCAGCCUGCCCUACAUGCCUCUGUAUUUUUGGGCAUGCGAGGAGCUGUUAUCACAUCAAUCAUCUUGCCAGCACUGGAGCUGCUGCGCCAUAUGCUAACUUUGGUUAUCCAAUGCCGUAACACAGACUUCCGAGAUUUGACCGCCAUUGGUGUUCUUCUCAAGACCUACACUCUUUUGCAUGCUUUCCCAAGUGGAGCCCUAGCGACUGAUUCAGCCCAAAGAGGGUGCAAAGAAGUCAUUGAGACUCUGCUGGCCUAUACUCAGCCAGUCCAGCUUGAGUCUUUGUCUGAGAGUGAGGGUCUCAACAAGAGCUUGUGGACGUUGAUGAUGGCUGAAGUCUUGAAGUAUGUGACGACUAAUGCCCAUACGUUCAUGUCUGGCCUGCUCAUGGUGUCUGAAUUGCUGCCCUUGCCCCUCCCUGUCCAAACUCGUUCACCUUUACCACCUGAAGAAGUUGCCCUAGCAAUGAGUAGUCGCAAACUUUGGUGUGCACAUUUGCAUUCACAGAGUGCUGUCAUUGGGGACCUUAUUUCCACUAUGUGUGGAAGUUCAUGUCCACCCCUACUUCAGUUGCUGAGGAGAGUGUGUGUCCAACUUUCUGACCUGGCUGCUCCAACAGCUCUUGUUGUUGCCAGAUCUGUUUUGGAUGCAAUUCUUGUCAGUUUGAAUGUCAACACUAAAGCCCCACCAAAUAUUGCUGCACCAACUGAAGGACCUUGUACCAGCCAUACAGCUCGCUUACUCAACUUUUUGGCUUGUCUAAUUUCGCAUGCAUCUGUGAAGUGUGCGGUUUUAAACCUUCUAUGUGCAGGGGUUUGUGGCAGUGGAGUGAAAUCUGAUGAAAGAUUCCCUCAGCUUGUCACCCACCUGUGCAAUAUCUUACGAAAUGCACAUGAUUCUUCAUCACAUGUUCAAGCCCAAGAGUGUGUGGUAUCAGUGCUCCAAUCGCUCUGUGAUGUUGACAUAUCACUCGUGCCUCCCCCCACACCUGGAUCCGAUUCAGCCUUAAGUCACCAGAUAUAUUUGGCUUGUGCCCUCCCACCACGAGAUCUUCUCUCAAUGUUUUGUACAGUUUUGUUGGAUCAUAUGUCAAACUCACAUCACUCUUUCACCACUCUUCUGCCAACUGUUCGCACAUUUCUAAUGUUAGUGGAGCAUGAUUAUGGGUUCUACCAUUUGAGAAGUUGUCUGCUUAGGAAAACAGAUGGCCUUUGGCAUUUAUUUUCAAAGUUUUGCACCUCCUUUAGCAAAGAUUCUUCUGAUUUGUUAUCCACAUUGUCUACCUCAUUAGAGCUGUUGAGAUUGUGUAUUACACUUGAUGGGGAAUAUACAGACAAUGAAUCAGUUUUGUUUCGGAACAAGAUACCCAUCAAAUGUGAAAGCCCUCACCAAGCUGGAGGAGCCAAAGAUUUAGAUUUUAUCAAAGAAGAAGCUCAACAUGAGGUUGAUGAACUAUCCAUGAAUAAUGGUUCAGAUGAUUCAGAGAACCACUGUAAAACAGAUGUCAGUCCAACAGUGAAAACACAGCCAGCUGAAGAAGUUACAGAAGAUCUAAAGAAAUUACAGACAACUGAUCAUUCAGAGAACCAACUUCAACAGACUGAAAACCAGAACACCCUACCACAUAAUUUACUUGGCAACCAACAGCUACAUCCUUCACCCAAACCUCAAAAUGUAGACCUUGAACCCCCUAGUAAUGAUGGAUUACCUGCAAGGAAACUUGUACUCAGUGUACCUGAAUUGAUACAAGUGGUGGGCUGGAACCGGACAGAUUUACCUAUUCCCUUUGAGGAUGUCAAAAAUGGUGAACCAUCCCACAAAAGACAUCCUAUUUUGCACUUAGAGAAACUGCUUCGAGAGUGCUCCAUAGAAGAGGAAUCUUUGGAAAAUUUACAUGAAAGCGUGGUUGGACUCAUCAGAAUUCUGGAUGAUGAUUCCAACCAGCAAACUGAGGUCAAAGCUGCCGAUAUUGCAGAAAUAAUCAUACCAACACCCGAAACUCUCCUAAACCAAUUUGCUCUGCGACAUGUGUUCACCAUAUGUGAGCCAGAUGAUGACAGACUGUGCCAGGGUUAUUGGCUUUCUGUUCCUACCUCUGAUGAAGCUGAUCAGGACUCAGAACAAGUUACAUGCGAUCUUGUGGAUUUUGCAAGAGAGAAUAUACCAGAUUUGCACCUCCUCUCAGAGUCUGUUCGUUUAUGCCGUCUUCGAGCUGGUCUUGGAGAUGAAGUUGAUGUUGACCGUAUAGAUACUGAAAUUACAAAAAAACGGGCUGCUGGUGAAGAUGCAAAGUACUUAAGCACAGAUGUGAAAACAAGGCGACCAUUUGUCACUCCUAUGCGAGGCAGAGGAUUUAGUCGCCCAGUUCCUCAGCGAGGAGAUCUAUUUCGUUCUAGGCCUCCCAAUACAUCAAGGCCCCCCUCUCUUCACGUGGAUGAUUUUGUGGCUCUUGAAACCUGUGGUGCCCAACCUACAGGGCCCACUGGGUACAACAAACUUUCCAUGAGGGCAGCAAAGGACAUGAUGGCCACGCGCUCGAGAGGGCGGGGUCGGGGCUUUGGCUCGGACCGGGGAAGAUUCUUUGGCUCUGGCCACCAAUAUCGACGGGAAGGUGGACUGCGGGCAGCGAAUCUGCGAAAUGACAUCCCCGGCCCGUGGGGUCCAGGCGGUCCAGGCCCCCAUGAGGGGGUGGGCCAGGGGCAGAUGGGUGGUCUCGGGCCCCAGCGCCAGUUCCGCGCCAUGGACCAGAGGGACGGCCACGGCGGCCACGGCGGCCACGGCCAGGCCCAUGGUCGCAUGUUGCGGCCGGAGGACAAGCUAGGCUCCAACCUGGCCGGCCGGCUGGGGGGCCCCGGACUGCGGGCUGGCGGUGGCGCCAACUGGCCCGGCCACGCCGGCCACGCCGGCCACGCCGGCCACGCCGGGCCUGGACUCGGGGGCAAGGACAGGGACCGCUUCGGGGGCGGCCCGGGCCCCGGGCCCAUGGGCCGCGGUGGCCCCAACAACCGCAGGGACUCAGGGCGGCACCAGCGGACGUUUACUCGUUGAGGACAAGUCUAGUCAGACGCCAGCGACAGAUUAUUGCAAUAAAUUUAUUUUUGUGUUGUUUUGGUUGUAUGGUGAAAUCUUGAACUAACAAUGCCUAUUUUGAAGUGAUUAGUUAUUCCUAUCAAUGGGAUUCAUUUGCCUUUUUAAACACUGAUGACUGUUAGAGCAAGAAUUCACUGUCUGUACACACAUCCUUUUUUUUUUUUUGUGACGCAACAGCUUUGUUGAAAUUCUAUAUUUUAUUCUUGUGGUGAUCAAUUUGUUCAAAGUUUUGUAGCGUAUUCUCAUUAGGAAUUCACCAAUGAUGCUUUUAACGAGAUUUCUCAAAACUGUUGAUAUUUCCUUUUGAACUGUGGCAUUUAAGAAACAUGUUAAAUGUUAUUGUUAUGUACAUUUUAUGUGUCUGUUUCAAUCAUUUGAAAAUGAUUGCUGGAAAUAUCAGGUUCAUUCAUGUUUGUUACAAUGUCAAUGACUUUUUCUUCAUAUUUUUUUUCCUGUAAUAAUUAUGAAGAAGUAAAUUCUUAGUUCGACAUUGCUGUUAUCAUGUUAAGAUGCUAUUUACAUUGUAUUGACCUUUCAGUAUUGAACAUCAGGAAUACAAUAGUACUAAACAUUAUCACCUCAGUCUGAUGUUAAGGAACUGGAAAGAUGUGACUUAUUUUAUUUCAGGAUGCUAAGUCAAUCCUUUUCUCAUGUAUUUUCAAACCUUUUAUCCUGACAGCUGAGACUCCAUAUUUUGGUUGCCUCUUUUUCAUGUCAGCAACCUCUUCUUUUGUGGGUGUUAGUCUAGUCAUGAAAUCCUCCUUGUAUAGUGCUCUCACCCUUCAGCAACUAGUUGUUACGUUUUGUGAGGUGAUAUGCUAUUUCAUGGCAUGGCUAUUAUGUUUCAUAAGCUGUUUAAAUAAGACUGCCACUGUGCAUUUUUUUUUCCUUUUAAAUUUCAAUCUGGUUUUGGACAAUUGAAUAUCAAUUGAAAUGUUUUUUGUUCCUAAUUAAUUUGUGUUUGGGUCUUCAUAGAGUGAUGCUUCAUUUUAAACAUGUUAAGUCCCAUUUUUCUUCCUACACAGUUUCAAUCUUAGACUUCAAGAAAGUUAAACAAUUAUUUUUUCAAAGCUAAUUUAAAAGAAUCCAAUUGAUUUGUUUUCCUUUUCUGUGAUCGAUCAUUCUGGAUAAACUUUGAAAUCCUCAUCUCAACAACUCGUUAUCCAAACACAUAGGUCCCAGAUAAAUUGUGAAAUGCAAAAAGCCGUCUGAAGUUGAUUUCAACUAUGUGCUUGCAUUCCCUACAUUAUGUAGAUAAACCUAAACCAGUUUCCAGUAUUGGGAUUAAGACCAACCAAAAUUUGGAAUUACCUUUAGACCAGUAAGGUUGAACCUUGAAGAAAGAAAAAAACUUAUUGAUUUGCUCAUUUCUAUCUUAUUUAAUUAAACUUAAAAAUAGAACCUGAUUGAAAUGUUUAGGUGAUGGUGAUUGCCGCUGAACAUAUUGUUUAUUAACCUGUUCAUCUACUUAAUCAGAAAUAUAUAUUUUAUAUGUUAAGUUUAAGGCUGAAUGGAUCAUUUUUAUUUUUGUGAAUGCUCCCUCUGGUUUUCCUAAAGUGUAGUGUUAGAUGUAUUUUGCCAAAAGUGUGAUACGUUGGCCCUUUUAUUUUUUUUAUCUGUGGCAUUAUAUCUGCUCCCAAUGGUUUUACCUAAUUGAUAAUGUACUGAGCCCGUAUAUUUAUUCUAGAAAUAUUUUUGGAAGGAGAGAUCAAUUUUGUUGUUGUUGCCAUAUUUUGGAGACUGUUAAUUAAAUGGGACGGUGUUGAUGUA